CCCUCCAUCUCCUCCCAGGAACACUCUCGGCUCCCUACCCUCCUUAAGAUAUCAACAUUCUCCCCUUCUCCCCUCAUCAUCUUCUUUUCUUUCUAUUUUCUCUGGCUUCGGUCUAUGGUUAUUUAAUAUAAGACUUUCCUUCUUGACCUCUGCGGUGCUAAUUAAGCCUCCUCUCUCCACUCCUCCUGAGACUAUCGUUCUCGCAUCGCUUCUCAACUACUACCUUCCGACUUCCACCUCUUCUCCCCUACCGGCAAGCAAGACUGUACAACCUCGCUGCGAGGGUCGCUCAACAUACCCUUCACCAUUGGCCCCGUCUCACUCGCAUCCCACUAGUUCAGCUCAUUCCCAUUCAGCCAACGCACCCAUUGGCGAGCAGUGUCAGGUCGACAGCCAACCUUGCUCAACCCCUCGAUUCAUAUCAUGUCACGGUCUCGUCUGCCACCGACACCCGCCAUGUCCGGGGAGCUCACCAUCAAGGAGCAGUCCUCGGUAGAUGCGGCAGACACCUUCGCUCUGCCGCCUGCUGCCAUGAGCCCUGUUCGCAUGGUCGCCGCCAGCCGAAGGUCCUCCAAGUCGGAUCCUGCCCUCUGCUUUCCUGCGUCCCCUGCCUCGCCUAAGAUAGCCAUCGGCAGCAUGGCCAACUCGCCGCGUCAGACAGGAAUCAAAAGACCCCUGGAAGAAUUUAACCUGCCACCACCGCCGACCCGCACCCGAAAGAUCAUCCAGAUGAAGCCCAAGACCCAGAACCAGCCCAAACCCGCCGCGCCGCCCAGCAACAAGGCCUCCACGAAAGACAGCGCCAGCAAGGCCUCUGCCAACAAUGCACCGAAUUCUAAGAAGAAACAGCCCAGCGCCACAAGCGCCGCCGGUCGGAAGAUUGCGCGGAAGACAGCACACAGCUUGAUCGAGCGCCGGCGGAGAUCGAAGAUGAAUGAGGAGUUCGCUACCCUCAAAGACAUGAUCCCCGCCUGCCAGGGACAGGAUAUGCAUAAGCUCGCUAUCUUGCAGGCAAGCAUCGAUUACGUCAACUACCUGGAGCAAUGUAUAUUAGAUCUGAAGACCGCGGGUGGUCCUGCAACAAGAGUCCCUCCGUCCAUGGCGCCGGCUCCACCCUCUCCAGCAUCCCCGGAGGCUCUGGGGGAGGAGUCAGGGCCUUCAUCCUCGGCUUCUGUGUCUCCAGAACUUCUCCCGACUGAAUCCCCGGCCUCUAACACGACCUCCCCGAUCUUUUCUGCACAGAUCCCGACGCCUGCUCUCGGAUCAGUUCCUGACUUUCGACAUUCGUUCGCAACAUUCUCUGCCUCAGAGCCAGUCCAGCCCACCGCCCCAGAGACGUCCCGCUCGGCACGUGGCUCGUGGGCGGCAUCAGCCAGUACCUCUCCGGGCCUGCCACCGCAGUACGACAUGGCGUCUCCGGCCGAUGUCGACCAUGAAGCGUCGGCCGCCUUGCUCAUGCUGAACCGUGACUGUCGGGGAUCCGUUGGCUCGGUCCACGACGCGCAGGCGCCUCCUGCCCCUAUCGCGCAGAGGGAAGACCACAGCCAAGGGCAAGGUCCGCAAAAGAAACUGGGCAUGAGUGUAAAAGAUCUACUCAUAUCUUGAGCUCUGUAUUUCCAACAUUUUGUUCAUGGCGUAAAAA